CUCCUUCGCAUAUAUACUUGCUGAACGCUUUGUCCUUGCUGCACCAAUGUAUCCAUGGUGAAUUAUACGGACGGGCCAGUCCUUGUGCUGUCCAUAUUCUCUUCCGUCAAUUGCGAACCAGUCACUACCCGCUCGCUCGCAUCAGUUCAAAAGUGCGGGGAAAGAAGCGUGCCUUCUCCUUUCCACUUGCAUCAAAACACACUCCUCAUUCUCAUCAACAAACACUACAACAAUGACCUCUUCUGCACCAGCACAUACCCUGAGCCAUCUCCUUCCUCUCAAUUGGAAGACGAAGAUCACUGAAUGGCUCCAGGAGGACAUCCCCUCGUUUGAUUACGGCGGUUUUGUCGUGGGAGAAAAAGAAACCACUGCUAUCCUCUAUGGCAAGAGCCAGGGUGUCGUUGCUGGAGUUCCAUUCUUCACGGAAAUUUUCGAGCAACUGGGAUGCCGUGUGGAAUGGCAUGUCUCUGAAGGCGAAGUCCUCAAGCCCAUCCAAACCUGCGCGCAUGUCUACGGUCCCGUCCGCCAGAUUCUGAUCGGUGAACGCACUGCUCUCAACAUGAUGGCUCGCUGCAGUGGUAUUGCGUCGCAGGCCCACCGUCUCCGCCUCUUGAAGGAGAAGAAUGGAUUCAAGGGUGUCAUUGCCGGGACUCGCAAGACCACCCCAGGUUUCCGCAUGGUCGAGAAGUACGGGAUGUUAGUCGGAGGUGCAGACACUCAUCGCAUGGAUCUUUCGUCCAUGAUCAUGCUCAAGGACAACCAUGUCUGGAGCACGGGAUCUAUCACGGCUGCUGUACACAAGGCCAAGGCCGUUGGAGGAUUUUCCUUAAAGAUUGAGGUCGAGUGCCGAUCAGAGGAGGAGGCUGAUGAGGCUAUUGCUGCCGGCGCGGAUAUCGUCAUGCUUGACAACUUUGAAGGCGAUGCUCUCAAGAUCGCUGCCGGCAACAUCAAGCAACGAUGGGCCGCCAAGGGACGCCAGGUUCUGGUCGAGUGCAGCGGCGGUGUCACUGAGCAGACCAUCGAGGAGUACUUCUGUGAUGCUAUUGAUAUCAUUAGCUUGGGAUCCAUGACCCAGGGCGUCUCCUUUGUGGACUUUUCGCUCAAGGUCCAGAAGCAGUGAAUCGCUAGAUGCCUUUGAUAGUUCGUUUUGUAUAUUUUGGCGGUAUGAAAUAGAGCUAUU